CCUUUUUGCCGCGAAAACGCCUCCCAGAGUUCUAGCGAGCGACCAAAUCGUUCUGCGAGGGGUUUCUCUCUCUCUACAGCUGCAGAGGCAGAGAAUCAGCAUGUCUGGUUUUGAUGACCCUGGCAUUUUCUAUAGUGAUAGCUUUGGUGGAGACCCUGUCGCAGAUGAAGGGCAAGUUCGAAAGUCCCAGCUGCAGAAACGCUUCAAAGAAUUUUUGAGGCAGUAUCGCAUUGGAACAGACCGGACCGGCUUCUCUUUCAAAUACAGAGAUGAGCUCAAACGUCAUUAUAAUGUUGGACAAUAUUGGAUUGAGGUGGAGAUGGAAGAUUUGGCAAGCUUUGAUGAAGAUCUGGCAAACUACAUAUACAAGCAGCCUGUGGAGCAUCUUCAGCUGCUGGAAGAAGCUGCAAAAGAGGUAGCUGAUGAAGUAACACGUCCUCGGCCAGCAGGAGAAGAGACUCUUCAGGAUAUUCAAGUUAUGCUCAGAUCAGAUGCAAAUCCAUCCAACAUCCGAAAUCUCAAGUCUGAACAGAUGUCACAUUUGGUGAAGAUCCCAGGAAUCAUUAUUGCUGCAACUCCUGUGAGAGCCAAAGCAACCAAGAUCACUAUCCAAUGCCGCACUUGCCGGAAUAUAAUACCAAACAUAGCCUUACGUCCAGGCCUGGAAGGAUAUGCUCUCCCUCGGAAGUGCAGCACGGAACAGACUAACCUAGCAAAAUGUCCUUUGGAUCCAUAUUUCAUUGUUCCAGACAAGUGUAAAUGUGUGGAUUUCCAGACGUUGAAGCUUCAAGAGUCUCCUGAUGCUGUUCCUCAUGGAGAGUUGCCUCGGCACAUGCAGCUCUAUUGUGACAGAUAUCUGUGUGACAAAGUUGUCCCUGGGAACAGAGCUACCAUCAUAGGCGUUUACUCAAUCAAAAAAGCAGGCCUCACAAAGAUCAAGAGCCGGAACAAUGCUGGAGUUGGCAUCCGGAGCUCCUACAUCCGUGUGGUGGGAAUCCAAGUAGACACCGAAGGCUCAGGGCGCACUGUCACUGGCUCCGUGACACCUCAGGAAGAGGAGGAGUUUCGGCAUUUGGCUUCCAUGCCCAAUAUUUAUGAUAUGAUUGCCAAAAGCAUUGCUCCUUCCAUCUAUGGUAGUAAUGAUAUCAAGAAGGCAAUUGCAUGCAUGCUUUUUGGAGGCUCUCGAAAGAGACUUCCAGAUGGGUUAACACGUAGAGGGGAUAUUAAUUUGCUCAUGAUGGGAGACCCCGGAACUGCCAAGUCUCAGCUCUUAAAGUUUGUAGAAAGAUGUUCACCCAUAGGAGUCUAUACUUCAGGGAAAGGCAGCAGUGCAGCUGGUCUGACUGCCUCAGUGAUCAAAGACGCAGCUACACGGAGCUUCUUUGUAGAAGGUGGAGCCAUGGUCUUGGCUGAUGGAGGAGUGGUUUGCAUUGACGAGUUUGACAAGAUGCGUGAAGAUGAUAGAGUGGCCAUCCAUGAAGCUAUGGAGCAGCAGACCAUCUCCAUUGCCAAGGCUGGUAUCACCACUACUCUAAAUUCACGCUGCUCUGUGUUAGCGGCUGCAAACUCCGUGUUUGGACGCUGGGAUGAAACUAAAGGAGACGAAAACAUAGACUUCAUGCCCACCAUUCUGUCCCGAUUUGAUAUGAUCUUCAUAGUCAAAGAUGAGCACAAUGAGGAAAGAGACAUGACCCUGGCCAAGCAUGUGAUGUCACUACAUGUAAGUGCCUUAACCCAGACACAGGCAGUUGAGGGUGAGAUUGAGCUUCAUAAAUUGAAGAAGCUGAUUGCCUACUGCAGAGCGAAAUGUGGUCCUCGCCUCUCUGCAGAAGCUGCAGAGAAAUUGAAGAACCGCUAUAUCCUUAUGCGCAGUGGUGCCCGCGAACAUGAAAGAGAAAGCGACCAUCGCUCCAACAUUCCCAUUACAGUAAGGCAGCUGGAGGCCAUUGUGCGAAUAGCAGAAUCCCUGAGUAAGAUGAAGCUCCAACCUUUUGCUACUGAGGCAGACAUUGAAGAAGCCCUGCGGCUCUUCCAGGUGUCUACACUUGAUGCGGCUUUGUCAGGCAACCUCUCAGGAGUAGAAGGCUUCACUACUCAGGAAGACCAAGAGAUGCUGUCUCGCAUUGAGAAGCAGCUCAAGCGUCGCUUUGCCAUUGGCUCCCAAGUAUCUGAGCACAGCAUCAUCCAGGAUUUUGUGAAGCAAAAAUAUCCUGAACACGCCAUCUACAAGGUGCUGCAGCUUAUGAUGCGUCGUGGUGAGAUCCAGCAUCGCAUGCAACGCAAAGUCCUUUAUCGCAUCAAGUAAAAUACUGUACAUCUCCUGGAAUGUUAAAAUAGAUUCAUUCUCUGUGUAAUUGGAACUAAAUUUUUACUACUGUUUUCUUAACCUCUAACAACUGCAACACAUCUUUCA